AUGGCCAAUAAUCUCUAUGAGAUGGAAGGCUCAGUGGUGAUAGAUGGUGCAGAGGUGUUGGCGGCAGCACAGGAGAAGCAGUUGGCCUACAAACUGUGGCACUAUCAGAUGGGUCAUAUGAGCGACAGGGGGCUCAAGGAACUCGGUAAGAGAGGUCUGAUUCUAGUAGUUGAAAAGGAAGGAAAUGACAUAUGUGAGCCUUGCAUUUAUGGCAAACAACAUAGGGUAAAGUUUGCCAACAGUUUCAAGCGGAGUGAAGGUGUUCUACUGCUAGUUCACUCAAAUAUUUGGGGACUGGCGCCUGUUUCAGCUAGAGGUGGAGCAAGGUCCCCCAAUAGAAAGCAUGAUGGAGGCAUUCCAGAGAAGAUCUGGAGUGGGAAGAAGGUGGAGCUUGGCCACUAA